GACAAGUAUGAGGUAAACAAUUUCUACUCCAUAUUGAUCACUUAAGCGAGUCGCUUUGUUCCUAACUAAAGUGUGUAACCAACUGGCUAUAUUUUAUUGACAAUUGAUCCGUUUUCUUUCUUCAAAAAAUGGUAAAGCUGGAUACUUUUGUAUAUGAUCGUCGUAGAGGAGACGAACCUGAGAAAUCGCUGCAAAUUGACACCGAUAAAUUGACGUUGGACAAAUUCAAAGCGACGCUCCGUAAAACUUUCAACAUUAAUGCGAACGAAAAGUUUGUUGUGGUAAAUACAAAUCGUGUUGUUAUUGAUUCAAAGGCUGCGUUAGAAGAAGUUCUUCAGAAUAGCAGCACCCUUUACAUCCUUAAGUCUGUAGACCAAGCCCUAACUGCACCAACUUAUGAAAGAGUUGAAUACAUCCCUCACUAUGACACACUUGUUAAGAGUGGUAUUUAUGAAUAUUAUGCAAGUGAGGGACAGGAUCCUUUGCCAUUUGCUUUUGCUGAACUGAUUGACAAUUCUUUGGCAGCAACAGCUACCAAUGAAGGCAUUCGAAAGGUUGAGAUUCGCCUUAUGUUUGAUGAUGCUUUGGGAAAGCCAGCAAUUUCUGUAUGGGACAAUGGACAAGGAAUGACAUCCUCUGACCUCAAUAAUUGGGCUAUUUACAGACUUUCAAAGUUCAAUCGCAGCAACGUACCAUCUUCUAAAUGUUCUGAAGGUGAUACAAUGAGGUAUUUGAACAGUGAUAUUUCAUGGUUUGGAGUUGGUGGAAAGCAAGCAAUAUUUUUCAUUGGAAAUGCCACAAGAAUGAUAACGAAGACGAGUGACUGCGGCGAUGUUCAUGAAUUGUGCAUUUCAAAGGAGGAAUUUGAAAGAAAAGAAAAACUUAGAGAAUCCAUUUACAGCGGGAAAAUUUACAACAGAAGACCGGGGGAUUGUGUCCAUAUCGCAGAGGAAGAUGAGAAUUUACGCGAGUUGAUCAGAGGUGAAGAAAAUCAUAAAAGUUUCACUUCGGUCGUCGUCACUGGAAUAAAUUCAUCCAAAGUUUUGUAUUUACGUUAUCAUUUUGACUAUUGGUGUCAACAACUGGCACAUAUUUAUCAUUACUAUCUCCAUGGACCUCAAGGAAAUGAAAUACAAUCAUCAAGAAACACAACAUCUCUGUUUCAAAAUAUUGACAUACAGGUAGUGAUGUAUGAAAAAGGAAAAAGCCCUAAACGCAAAGCAUUACGGGAUAUAGACGAUGACCUUCAAUCUCAGUAUAUCAGAAACACAGCGUCUAUCUUCGAGUUUCGCGCGCAUUGUGAAGGAAGUGCUGUUGUCGAAGGAAUGUUGAGAUAUCAUCCAUUCCUUUAUGACAGUGAAACUUAUCCACAGAUGUCUCUUGCCAAAAACAAUGACGAAGAUGACAUGGAUAUUGUUGUGGAUAGUCGAGCACCACGUGGUAAUCGACCUAUUUUUGAAUGUUAUUGGAAUGGAAGACUUAUUCCUUACACAUCUAUAGAUUGUCUAGAAUGGUGUUCACCGCCUAAGAAACGGACAAAUAUCCCACCAGAAUGCUACAACAGAUUUUCUGGUGCGUUGUGGACAAAUAAUGCUUUUCAAGUUAGCACUAACAAACUUACUUUCAUUGACUUGGAAGUAAAGUUAAAAGAAAAGUCCACUCUUUUCAACAGAGUCAUUCUUGGACAGGAGCAAAGAGCUCAAAUAUCUCGAGCAUUUAAUGAUUGGAUUAAAGAAUGUCACGAAUCACAUGAUAAACAGGUGAAAUUUUUCAACUUUAAAGGUAUAGUAAAACGCAGCGAGUUUACUCAGAAACAUCGUCAAACACCGUGGUCUGUGUUUCAUGGUAUUGAAUGGGAUGGAAAGAUAUUUAAAACUGGCGACUUGGUAAAAACACAGCGAAGUCUUCCCGUUAUCUGUGGUGUUAUCCAACGAUUCCUGCUGUAUGGUGAUCAUGAUGGUGAUGUGUUUGCAACGGGGGGUGAAAUGGAAAUAAUACAGCAACCGGAUUCGCUAUACGGAGACAAGAAAGUAUUUUCUCUUGUGAAGUUGGAUAGAAAUACAACCGCUGAAGGUUUAAAGAAGUUUAUAGAUGACGAGGAAGCUAAAUUACCGCAUAAGUUGGUAAUUGAGUGGCCCAGUGGAGACGAAGUUCAGCCGAAUAGCAAAGUCCAUGCAGGAUCUACGAUAGGUGACAUACGUGUUGAUAUCCUCAAUGGUAAAGGGGAAUCAAUCAGCAAACUCCCAGGAGAUAGAGGAAAACGAUUAUUGCUUGAAAUGAAAUGUAUUUUACAUGAAAAGGGAAAUGACAAAGUUAUCACACAGCAUGUCUGUCAACAUGGAGGGAAGAGCUGGCCUUAUUGGUUCAGGAAGUUCUCCAACAUCACAAGUCUUGGACCUCAUACAAUCUCACUGCAAGUUAUCGUUAGUGACAGUUCAGCUAAUAAACAACCAAACAAUUUUCCUAGUCGGUGCAUUAGAUUCAAUGUUAUAGAGGGUGCCAUUGCAAAGUUUAGUGUUGGAGUACUAGAACAGCCUUUACGUAUUGCCUCUCCAUUCAAUAUCCCUUUAAACUUUUCGGAUAAUUUUGGUAAUCCCACAAAACCGACGAAGAAAUUUGAUGUUGAACUAAUUUCAAAUGGCUUAGAGAUUUCCCACGAGGGAACGCAAAUCAAAGGAACAGGUUUGAUCAUCAAAAAUGUUUCUGUCCUUGGUAAGGUUCCAUCUAAUGCUGGAAAGGAUUUCAAUGUUAAAGCUGUUGUUUCUAGCAUUAAUCAACAACAAUCAUUAAAAAUGCGUUUAUUACCAGGUCCACCUCAUUCUCUUGUUACUGACUUUUCUGAUGGAGAUAUUGUCUUAGAGAAUGGCUCACCACUUAAUCUUAACGUUUUUGUUAAAGACAAGGCUGGUAAUUUAACACAGCAACCGCGACUCAACGUUGUGUGUAAGUUAACAGGAUCAAGUGGCUUACCGUCAUAUUCAUGUGACUGCAGUUCUACAGGAAAAUCAACGUUAAGUGGAGAGAAUAUCUUAAUAAGUAAAAUGGAGAAAAGUAUAAAACUGAAAGCCAAGAUCGAACUACAGCAUUUCAAAGAUAUUGCACCCAUUGAAAGAAUCAUUGUGGUGAAUCCAAGCACCCGACCUGCUCGGAUUGAAGUUCUUCGUUCAUCUUCAAAUUUUGGCAAAAACAUAAAGUUAGGAAAUGAAGAGGAACUUUGUUGUAUUGCUGGAGAAACAAUCAGUGGAUUAAGUUUCAAGAUCUUUGAUGAAGGAAAACGACAAAUGACAAUUGAUAACUCUUUAGCUGCCAAAAUUAAGGUAAAUUGGAUGAACAAAGUGAGUCGAGAUUUGCUGAAGCAAGGAUUAUUACCAGAUAUUAAGGCUCCAAAUACUGUCAAUGAUACGAAGUUUUGUCAAGUUUCAUUGGGAGCUGCGUUAGGAGUUGAUUUUUCCUUCUCGUUGGUGCCACAACCAGACAAACCUGUGAACAUAAAAUGUGAAUGUCGUGAUGCAAAAAUUCAGUUGGGUGACACUCUAAAACAUGACGUCAUUGUAUCAUUUUCCGAUCAGUAUGGUAAUAAGAUUGUCAAGGCGUCUACCGUCGAGAAGUUAAUGACAUCCGUUUCUGCUGAUGGAUUGUCCGAUUCAAUCGUAAACGUUGUUGUAAAUGAGGAUGCAACGGUCUCAAUAAAGAAUGUACAAUUUAAUGAUAAUAAAGUUGGGAUCAAAGAAUUGAAAAUUAAAUUUGGCAAUCUUGUGUGUUACCAACGUAUUGAGGUGGGAAGCGGUCCACCUGCGAUUUUGAAGAUUAUCAACAUCAAUACAACACAGCCAAUUGGUGUAUUUAACAAUACUCGUCUUUCGAAGCCAUUAACUCUUCAACUCUGCGAUUGCUACGGUAAUCCUUGUCUGGAUAGUAAUGUUAAAAUUGUCUUAAAUAAGGAUUCUGGAUUGAAGCUAAAUCCUACACCAUCGCAUAAGAAAACUGACGAAAAGGGCCAAGUGACAUUUUCUGCUUUUGAAGUAUCAGGAGAAAGGGGUGUCUACCAAAUAAGAAUUAAAGCUCUUAUUGGUCGAACAUCAAUAGAUGCUGAACCAAUAACGUUGAGGAUCGAUGCUAAUCCUAACAAACCAGUCAAAAUCGUUGUUGAUCAUUCAAAGUUUACAACAAACUACAUUGCAGGCACUGCAUUACCAGAUUUUUCUGUUCAUGUUUUGGCUGAAGAUGAUCAUGUAAUGAAAUGUAAUAGUAAAGAUUUCGUCAUGAAACUUUGGUCUGUGGAUGACAACGUUACACAACCGUCCACAAAGGCUAUUUCGUAUCAACCCUGUAAAAAAACGUCUUCAGACAAAGACAAUUAUUACUAUUUCAGAGGAAUCCCUAUUCCCGAGCAAAUUGGUCAAUAUUGCUUUGUGUUGCUUGUUUCCUUCACAGGGAACGUUAAAUUGAAAUCCGAUGUUUUCAAUAUUUGUGUGGAUCCAGCACCACCUGUUAAACUUGUGCCAGUUGGUAGUCUUGCUACACCGACAGUAUCAAACACGCAAAGAGCAACAAGCCGUUGUCUCAUGAAAAACACGAAAUUUGUCUUAAAGGAUGAAUAUGAUAACAUCAGUGGCACAUCUCUAAAUGGAAAAGUUGAAGUUGUUAUUAAAAAACCCUCUCAAAUUGACGAAGUUCCAAUGUUACUAGGCAACGCUAUGAUGACGGAAUUUGCUCUCAUCAAUGGCACGGCUAAUGUUCAAAAUAUUUCUAUACAACAAAACACAGCAGGGAAAGAUGGUCAGGAAUAUAUUCUCAGUUUUAGUGUUCAAAUUUCUGGACAACAGUUAGACAUUCCUCCUUUCAAUUUACCUUUCUUAUUUUAUAAUGACGUCCGUAAACAGGAACAAAGUGCUCAACUAACACGAGAACGCGAUCAUCUUUUUACGACCAUUAAAGCAUACAGAGCUCUUUUUGAAACAACAAAACAAUUGAUGGACGAGAUGAAUGUUGCUGUACACGAGGCAGGGCUGGCCGAAUCUAAACUACGGACAGAAUUAUCACGACGAAAUGUUCCCUCACAGAGCCUUCGAACAACUCAAACUGUAGACGAUUUUAUAUCACAGUUGACAAUCAGUCGGAACAAAUUCCAAAACACUCCACGAAGGCGUUGUGCUUUGAAUCCUGGACCCCGCGGUGAGGCGGGAAUUCUUGGAAAGGUUGCUCAUCUUGCGGAAGUAAUGGAUGAUGAUAUUGCUCGUGUUUUAUCUUGGCAUCUUUCUGGUGAUAUGGAUUGUGUUAUAACACUUACAACCGAGAAGGCGAAGAAAGUUUACCAUGAAUCUAAAGGAAGUCAACAAGUUUUGCCGUUAGAUUCUAUUUACAAAAGAAGUCUUCCUGAGUGGGAGAAACCUCUUCCUCAUGAGCGAGGACGUGUUAGCUAUCACCCCGCUGGUCAUCCAAUGUAUGCAAGGUCAACUCUCGUUUUUCCUGUUGAAAAAGACAAUUGUAAAAUAGUGUUUGGUAUGCUUCUUGGAGAUACCAUUAUUUUGGAUAAUCUUGAUUGCGCAAAUUCUUACAGACAGGAGGUUGUAAAGUUUACACAUUGUCCUACAAUUUUAACAAGAACUGGUGACCGCAUUAGGAGCAAUGGUAAAUUUGGUGGAUUUCAAAACCGAGCACCUCCCAUGGAGAAGCUACGAGGAGCUGUAUUUGCUGCACCUUAUCCUGUUGAAUACCACACUGUCUGUGGUCAACUUGAGCAACUUAAAGCAUAUAAACAAGCAAUGACGAAGCAUGCUCAGUUACAAAGUGAUCUUAAGGUUCAGAUGGAACAAAUGCAAACUUCGGAAAUGCAAAAAAAACAUCGUGAAUGUCGUGAUGCUGAGUUUCAAUUACGACGUAUUGAAGAAAAGUUAGGAAUGACUCCUACUCAAUAUGAAAUACCUGCAAGUCCAAGUUCUAUGUUACAGUCUGUUGGAAAUCCAUCUUUAACAAGAUCACGCAUUACAAGAUCAUCUUUAACAACAAGGUCAACCCCUGUCAUUAGUCCAACAGUUUCAGAUUCAAGGGAGCACACCCCUAUCUCACAGUCUAAUGUUGCAAAUGGAACAACACCAAUUCGCGGUCGACGUCAUGCAGCUACUUCUGAUUCCUAUACAUCUCCUAGUAAACGAGCAAGACGCAAUUAAGGCUUGCGAGGAAAGUCAGUUAUUUCAAUGUGAAUACUGUUUUUUUGGGCAGUAUUGUGGUCUUGUCUUAUGCAUUUCUGUUUGUUACGUUUGGAAAGGUAAAGUUUGCUUAACUUUACUGUUCAUCCAGGAGGGAUUUUAAAAACGCUGUAUUUAUUAAAGCAAUAAUAUAAGAAGUUUUGCUUUGUG